AUGAUUCCAGUCACUGAACUGCGCUACUUUGCUGACACUCAGCCAGCAUACCGCAUCCUGAAGCCAUGGUGGGACGUCUUCACAGACUACAUUUCCAUAGUGAUGCUGAUGAUUGCCGUGUUUGGGGGGACGCUUCAGGUCACCCAGGACAAAAUGAUUUGUUUGCCCUGUAAAUGGGUUACCAAAGACUCUUGCAAUGACUCAGUCCGAGGUUGGACAGCCACAACCCCAGAGCGUACCUACUAUAAUACUAGUCUUGUCCCCUCUACUGAUACAGGACCUACGGGGAUACGAUACGAUUUGGACCGGCACCAGUAUAACUAUGUGGAUGCGGUGUGUUAUGAGAACCGUCUUCACUGGUUUGCCAAGUAUUUUCCUUAUCUGGUGCUGCUGCAUACUCUGAUCUUCCUGGCUUGUAGCAACUUCUGGUUCAAAUUCCCAAGGACCAGCUCCAAGCUGGAGCACUUUGUGUCUAUUUUGCUUAAGUGUUUUGACUCUCCAUGGACAACGAGGGCAUUAUCUGAGACAGUGGUGGAAGAGAGUGAUACCAAGCCAGCAUUUGGGAAAAUGAAUGGCUCCAUGGACAAGAAAUCCUCCACGGUCAGUGAGGAUGUGGAAGCCACUGUUCCCAUGCUGCAGAGAACAAAGUCUCGAAUUGAGCAAGGGAUCGUGGACCGAUCCGAGACUGGUGUAUUGGACAAAAAGGAAGGAGAACAGGCCAAAGCACUUUUUGAGAAAGUGAAAAAGUUCCGCACACAUGUGGAAGAGGGAGAUAUAGUUUAUCGCCUGUACAUGAGACAGACCAUCAUCAAAGUGAUCAAGUUCAUUCUGAUAAUCUGCUAUACUGUUUACUACGUCAACAAUAUAACGUUUGAUGUUGACUGCAAAGUGGACAUUGAGAGCUUGACUGGCUACAGGAUGUACCGCUGUGCUCAUCCUUUGGCUACUCUCUUCAAAAUCUUGGCAUCUUUCUACAUCAGUUUGGUGAUAUUCUAUGGCUUGAUCUGCAUGUACACACUCUGGUGGAUGCUGAGACGAUCACUCAAGAAAUAUUCCUUUGAGUCCAUCCGAGAGGAGAGCAGUUACAGUGACAUUCCUGAUGUGAAAAAUGACUUUGCUUUUAUGCUCCAUCUAAUCGAUCAGUAUGACCCCCUGUACUCCAAGCGCUUUGCUGUCUUUCUGUCGGAGGUGAGUGAGAACAAACUGCGGCAGCUGAACCUCAACAAUGAGUGGACUUUGGAGAAGCUGCGCCAGAGGAUCACCAAGAACUCCCAGGAUAAGCUGGAACUGCAUCUUUUCAUGUUGAGUGGCAUUCAUGACACGGUCUUUGACCUCAUUGAGCUGGAGGUCUUGAAGCUGGAGCUUAUCCCUGAUGUCACUAUUCCCCCAAGCAUUGCUCAGCUCACCAGCCUUAAGGAACUGUGGCUCUACCACACAGCUGCCAAAAUUGAGGCUCCAGCCCUUGCCUUCUUGAGGGAAAAUUUGAAGUCUCUCCACAUCAAGUUCACAGACAUCAAGGAGAUUCCUCUUUGGAUUUAUAGCCUGAAGACACUGGAGGAGCUUCAUCUGACAGGGAACCUGAGUGCUGAAAACAAUCGGUACAUUGUGAUAGAUGGAUUGCGGGAGCUGAAGAGGCUGAAGGUGUUACGGUUGAAGAGUAACCUCACCAAGCUGCCACAGGUGGUGACAGAUGUUGGUGUACAUCUUCAGAAGCUUUCCAUCAACAAUGAGGGCACCAAGCUCAUUGUUCUCAACAGCCUUAAGAAAAUGGUCAACUUGACAGAGCUUGAGCUGAUCCGUUGUGACUUGGAACGCAUUCCUCACUCUAUCUUUAGCCUCCACAAUCUGCAGGAGAUAGACCUGAAGGACAAUAACCUAAAGACCAUUGAGGAGAUCAUCAGCUUCCAGCACUUACAUCGUCUCACUUGCCUUAAAUUGUGGUAUAACCACAUUGCCUACAUCCCCAUGCAGAUAGGCAACCUAACCAAUUUAGAGCGCCUUUACCUGAAUCGGAACAAGAUAGAGAAGAUCCCUACCCAGCUCUUCUAUUGCCGAAAACUUCGGUACUUGGAUCUCAGCCACAACAACCUGACUUGCAUACCUCCAGACGUUGGACUUCUUCAAAACCUGCAGAAUCUCGCUGUGACAGCCAACAGGAUUGAGAGUCUCCCACCAGAACUGUUCCAGUGCAGGAAGCUGAGAACCUUGCACCUGGGAAACAACGUGCUGCAGUCACUCCCAUCGCGGGUUGGAGAGCUGACAAAUCUAUCGCAGAUCGAGCUCCGAGGGAACCGCUUGGAGUGCCUGCCAGUGGAGCUGGGAGAAUGUCCUCUGCUGAAACGCAGUGGGCUUGUGGUGGAGGAGGACCUGUUCAACACCCUGCCCUUGGAAGUCAAAGAGCGGCUGUGGAGGGCAGACAAAGAGCAAGCUUGAACCCCUGAAAGAAGGGAAAGCCUCUGACCAACUAGAAGGAAACGAAAGGCCAUUCCAGUCCCCUUUUCCCCAAAUCCUCCCUUUCUCCCCUCUGAUCACUCCCAGACUAGCCAACGAGUCCCUGAACAAACACGACUCUGAAUGAGGCAGCUUCUUGCCUCAGAUGCAAGAUGGGGGAAGCUUGGGAUCAGGAUGAGGAUCGAGACAGAUCAGUCGGCCUCUGA